AUGACCUUUUCAAAAGAGAUUCACACCUUCCACUCGGGAAAACCCCAACCGCAAUCCUCGGGGUCGCACACCUUCCAGUCUCUCGAUCCCAGCACCGCCAAACCACUGGCGAACAUCUUCACCACAACACCGUCGCAGCUCAACGACGCCGUUUCAUCUGCUCACAAGGCAUUCCCAACAUGGUCGCAGACGCCCGCUCCCAAACGCGCCGCCAUUCUGCUUCGCGCUGCCGCCAUCCUGAGGGAGCGAAACGAUGCCCUCGCCCGCACGGAGAUGCUGGACACGGGCAAGGCUUGGUCCGAGACUUCGACCGUCGACGUGGUGACUGGCGCCGAUGUCCUCGAGUACUACGCACACUUUAUUGCCAAUAGCCAGCCCGGACAGCACACUACCCUGCGGCCAGAUGCCUACGUCCUCACCAGCCACGAGCCUCUAGGGGUUUGCGCGGGCAUUGGCGCCUGGAACUACCCCAUUCAGAUCGCUCUGUGGAAGUCUGCUGCCUGUCUCGCCGCCGGAAACUGCAUGGUCUACAAGCCUAGCGAGGUGACGCCUCUCCACGGAAACACAUUGGCCGAAAUCUACGUCGAAGCCGGCCUGCCACCUGGAGUGUUCAACGUCGUCUACGGCGAUGGCGCCAGCGUGGGUGCUCCGCUCGUCGCCCACCAAGGCAUCGCCAAGGUCAGCUUCACAGGCCAGGUCAGCACAGGUAGCAAAGUCGCCAGCGAGGCUGCCAAGGGCAUGAAGGGCAUCACCAUGGAGCUUGGUGGCAAGAGCCCGCUCGUCGUCCUCCCCGAUGCCGACGUCGACGAAGCCGCCGACAUUGCCAUGGCAGCCAACUUCUUCUCCACCGGACAGGUCUGCACAAAUGGCACCCGCGUCUUUGUCCCCGAUACGCUGUUGUCGCGCGUGGAAGAGGCUCUCGUCAAACGCUGCCGCGAGGGCAUCCGCAUGGGCUUGCCCCAAGACGAGACGACGAAUUUCGGCCCCGUCGUCAGCGCCGCUCACCGGGACAAGGUCAACAUGUACAUCCGCCACGGCAAAGAAACCGACAAGGCCAAGGUUUUGUACGACGGUGCCGUCGACGCGCAGAAGAACAAGCCCACGCCCGACGGAUACUGGGUCCCGCCAGUCAUCUUCACCAACUGCACCGAUGAUAUGCGGAUCGUGCGCGAAGAAAUAUUCGGCCCCGUCAUGGCCGUCCUGCCGUACAAGACACAGGGCAAAUCCCAGGAGGAGUGGCUCCCCGAGCUCAUUCGCCGCGCAAACGACACCAAGAUGGGUCUGGCGGCCGGCGUCGUUGCCACAGACCUGAGUCUGGCGCAAAACGUGAUUCGAGAAUUGCAAGCCGGCAUUACCUGGAUCAAUACUUGGGGCGAGUCUCCAGCCGAGAUGCCCGUGGGCGGAUGGAAAAUGAGCGGCGUUGGCGUGGAAAAUGGAUUCGAGGGCAUCAUGGCGUAUAUGCGGGUCAAGAGCACGUUGGUCCAACUGGGCAAGGGGGCAACAAAGGGCCUGUUUGCCAAGCUGUAG